CACAAGCAGAUAGAGCAUUAUCCAUUUUCUAACAAAGCCUACUUUGAGAUCAAUUCCUUAAUUUCCAUUUCUCUUGUACAAGAACAAUAACUCGAAGCAGAUGGGUUUUCGCUUGCCCAGAGUUGUUGAUGCCAAGAAGAUCCUCAGGAAAGUUGUUUCAGCUCCAGUGUCUGCAGACGUCCCUAAAGGCCACGUUGCUGUUUAUGUUGGUGAAACCGAGAGAAAGCGCUUCAUCGUGCCAGUUUUGUAUCUAAAUCAUCCUAGGUUUCAGAGCUUGCUUAGCCAAGCUGAAGAGGAGUUUGGAUUUGAACAUCCAAUGGGUGGUCUUACAAUCCCCUGCACAGAAGAAAUCUUCAUUAAUCUGAUUUGCAGUUUGAGAUCUUUGUAACUGAGGAAGACAGAGAUAUAUUCCGAUACUUUAGCACAUAGGAAAAGCAUGAUUGAACACUCCAUAUAUAUCAGAAAGGCAACCGUACGUCCAGUUUUGCGCUAAUUUGGACUGGGUUGUUUCUUGUAAAUCAAUGUAUACUUCCAUAAAUAGUCAUUUUCUCUUUUGAGAUGGCAAGAAAUAUGAAUAUUUCUAUUGCAUAUUUGAGUGGCUUGGGUUCGUCUUCUUCUUGUUUUUCAUUUCAUAAGGUAAGCAAGUAUUUAUCUAGAAUAAAAUAUAAAUUA